GAAGGAAGAGAGAAAGUGAGAAAGAGAAUCCAAAAGAGAGGGAAGGAAACGGCAGACGUGGAGGGCCAGAAAGUGAGAAAGAGGAAGAGAUUGAAUGUGAGGGAGAGAGACAGGGCAAGACAGGGAAAGAAUGAGAUAGAGACUUAAAGAGGACUCUGAGAGUCCUAGAGAAAAAGAAAGAACUGGACAUAAACAAAGAUUGGGAGAGACGGUGAUGGAGGGAGAGCAUGAGUGAAGGAGAGACUGAAAGACAGAGAUUGGACAGAGGGAGAUAGAAUGUGAGGCUGGAAGAAAGUCUAAAAGAAAGAUAGGGACAGCGUGAGCAUAAGAGACAAGAGAGAAAGAGACAAACAGAGAGGGGCCAAUGACCUGGUGAGAAGAGACAGAGAACUAUGAGAGACAGCACCUAAGGGACAAAGGAGGUAGGAGACUAACCUCUUGCCCUUGCCCACUGUGCUUGGGACCUAAGAGCUGGCCUCCUCCGACCACCGAGCCUCUGACCCCAUCUUUGUCCCAAGCUGGGUCAGCUACAGAAACACAGCCCUUUUCUUUCUCCCCCAAGCCCUCGAUGGAGGAGGGCAGACCUCGGAGCAGCCUCAGCCUGGCCAGCAGCGCCUCCACCAUCUCCUCACUCAGCAGCCUGAGCACCAAGAAGCCCACCAGGGCAGUAAACAAGGUCCAUGCCUUUGGAAAGAGAGGCAAUGCACUCAGAAGGGACCCCAACCUCCCUGUGCACAUCCGAGGCUGGCUUCAUAAACAGGACAGCUCUGGGCUUCGGCUCUGGAAACGCCGCUGGUUUGUCCUCUCUGGUCAUUGUCUCUUCUAUUACAAGGACAGCCGCGAGGAGAGUGUCCUGGGCAGCGUCCUGCUCCCCAGCUACAGUAUUAGGCCAGAUGGGCCAGGAGCCCCCCGAGGACGGCGCUUCACCUUCACCGCAGAGCACCCAGGUAUGAGGACCUAUGUUUUGGCUGCUGACACGUUGGAGGACCUGCGGGGCUGGCUCCGCGCUCUGGGCCGGGCCUCCCGCGCGGAGGGGGAUGAUUGUGGGCAAUCCAGGUCACCCACAUGUCCCCAGCCUGGGGAGGGACCUGGUGGUCCAGGUGGUCCUCCAGAGGUGAACAGAGGGGAAGAGGGUCGCAUCUCAGAAUCACCAGAGCUGGCUGGACUCUCCAGAGUUCGCGGUAGAUCCAGGCUUCACACUCCCAGCCCCACAGCUGAGCUCCAGUCUGGACUCCGGGUUCAGAGGGCCAGGAGCCCAGACCUGUUCACACCUCUAUCACGCUCACCCUCUCCUCUGAGCCUCCCCCGACCCCGUUCUGCUCCUGCCCGGCGACUCCCUCCCUCCUCAGGAGACACAGCACUGCCUGCCCGACCUCACACCCCUCUUAGUCGUAUUGAUGUCCGGCCUCCUCUGGAUUCAGCCCCCCAACGCCAGACCCUCUCCCGACCUCCCACACCCCGCCGAGGACCUUCCUGUGAGGCUGGGGGAGGAAGACCCCCCAGAAGCCCUCAGCCCUGGAGUCAGGAGCCCAGAACACAGACACCCUCUGGCUCCUCCACUUAUCUCCAGCUGCCCCCACGGCCCCCUGGGACACGGGCCUCCAUGGUUUUAUUGCCAGGUCCUCCCCGGGAGUCAACCUUCCACCAAAACUUGGAGACAGAUACUCUGUUGACCAAGUUGUGUGGGCAGGACCGGCUCCUGAGAAGGCUGCAGGAGGAGAUAGACCGGAGGCAGGAAGAGAAGGAACAGCUAGAAGCAGCCCUGGAGUUGACCCGGCAACAGCUGGGCCAAGCAACCAAGGAGGCUGGAGCUCCAAAAAAAAAAAAAAAGAAAAGAAAUUCUAUUUCUAUAAUUUCUAUAAUAUUUCUAUAUUUCUAUAUUUCUGAGCGAGAGCGGGUUUGGGACACGUACCGAGGCCUAGAACAGGAGUUGGGCACCUUAAGAGAGACCCUCGAGUACCUGCUGCACCUCGGGUCUCCCCAGGACAGAGCAUCUGCUCAGCAGCAGCUGUGGAUGGUAGAAGACACACUGGCAGGUCUGGGUGGUCCCCAGAAACCACCCACCCACACUGAGCCUGAUUCCCCAUCUCCUGUGCUCCCAGGCGAGGAGUCCUCAGAGAAGGAGAGCCUGCCUGAGUCCUUGGAACUGAGUUCCCUUCGGUCCCCUGAAGCUGACUGGGGGCGGCCCCUCGGAGGUGACAAAGACCUGGCGAGCCCUCGCUCAGGUCUUGGGUCUCCGAGGGUCUCCCGGGCUUCCACUCCUGAGGGUCACCAUCUUCCUUCCCCACAGCUGGGAACCAAGGCCCCCAUGGCCCGGCCCCGGAUGAGUGCUCAGGAGCAGUUGGAGCGGAUGCGCAGAAACCAGGAAUGUGGACGGCCUCUCCCCCGCCCUGCCUCCCCCCGGCUCCUCACCCUGGGGAGAACCCUGUCCCCAGCCAGACACCAACCUGAAAUGGAGCAGAGGCCUGUCCUAGGGCACUCGGGAGCCCAGAAGUGGCUCAGAAGCUCUGGGUCCUGGAGUAGUCCGAGGAACACCAUCCCUUACUUGCCGACAUCUGGAGGCCACCGGGAGCGGGUCCUCAGCCUCUCCCAAGCCCUGGCCACUGAGGCGUCGCAGUGGCACAGAAUGAUGACGACAGGUGGAAAUCUUGACUCUCAGAGAGACCCUGUCCCUCCUGCGCCGCCGCUUCCGAAGGCUCUUACAACCCAGGAGACCCCUCCAAGGUCUCCUCGGGUGGCUAAUUCCAGUACUUCAGGGUUCUCACGUGGAGGUAGUGGACAAGGCGGAGGCCACGCCCCCUGGGAGUCCGCGUGGGAUUCCGGGACCAUCUCUGGAGUCCUGACCCCAGAUGAGGGGGCGUGGCCUCUGCGAGUCACUCUGCUACAGUCCAGCUUCUAACCCGCCCAAGCUCGAGAGCCAAUCGGAGCGAGAGAGCGUGGCCUGGAGAAACCUUAAGGGCCUCUGGGGGCGUGGUCUGUCCAUUACGUGCUGGGAGGGGACUGGUUUCUAGGUUCAAAGACUGGUUUUCCCAAUACUGUCCAAAUUUGGAUUAAAACUUUUAAGUCUUUAGUUAA